AUGGCAAAUACACAACCCAAAAUUAAUUUACCAGAAUUGGUGUGGCAACGAUUUGAAGAUCUUUGGAAUGAGGAAAAAUGUACUCAAGUAUUACUUGGAGAAAAGCCGAUAAUUGAGUAUCGUCCUCCCUUCUUGAAUGGAUUAGAACUUGAUGCCUUCUUUCAGAAAUACCAAAUUGCAUUAGAGGUACAGGAGGCUCAGCAUCGGCUCCAUAGCACUAGCUGGUAUAAAGAUGUCAAAAAACUCGAGAAUACGGCUAAAAAGAUGUAUAUGCCAAAAUAA